AUGUCCUUGAACAGGGCGAUCAAGAAGUUAUUUUUCACAACUUCAAAGUUAAAUAUGACCCUCCAUCUGACGUAUAUCACAUCAAAAGAAAAUGAAGCGGACGUACCCUCUCGCUGUCUCACAACCCUUGAUUGCAAACUUCAUCCGAAGUUAUGGCAAAGAGUACAACAAGAGUUUGGUGGUCCAAAGGGGCACACGUGUGACUUGAUGGCACUUGAUUCAAACGCAAUGACAGACCAGGAUGGUUCGCUGUUACCGCAUUUUACGCCCCACCCGUCGCCGCAAUCCUGUGGUGUCAAUUUCUUUGCGCAAGAUCUAUCAAGUGGAACCCCGUUUCUGGAGUACCCUUACGUUUUCCCGCCUCUCUCUCUGAUGGGUCCUGUUCUGCGUUUUCUGAGAUCCCACGGGCGGUCGUGCUCGGUCAUAGCCUUUGAUGUUUAUCCGAAGAGGUAUUGGUGGCCUCUUCUCCAAAGUUGUGCCAGUAAAUCGUGUAGAUUGGCAGUAAAGGGGGAGGCUGGGGCACUUCUGUUACCUUCCAAACAAGGAUGGAUUCCCCAUCCUGGGAUCCCUGGGCUUUUGGUGUACGAUACUAGGGUAUAUCUUGUAAUUGACUUUGAACAGUAACUAUAAACGCAUUUGCAAUUGCUUUAUAAAUUUCAUCUUGUCUCGUGGAAAGUGUACUUUUUGCUACCGUUGUAUACUUUUGAUAGAAUAAAAUUUCAAUGUCUCUUAUAUAAACGUUUCCUCUUCUUCCUUUUACUAGGAUUUACCUGUGGUCGCAAAGCUGUUCACUCCUUCUGUGAGGUGUCCAAAUUGUAGUUUUACCAAUGAUUCCGAUUUCCGCUUUUGCCAACGAUGCGGCUAUAAAAGGAAAAUCUUACAGAACAAAAGUAGUAUGCCUUUCGAUGUGGAUGUGAACGCUAUUGAUGAUCGUCUUCGACAAUUGGCCUUGUUUGAUCAAGCAACUUGUUACUCUAAACAAAAAGCUUCGCCUCAAAGGGAAUUAGAAAAUUUUCUUUCCUCUCUACCAGGCUCUAUUACAGUUUCAACUGUUACACCGCGUGAUAUUUGCCGUUUCUUGGUGCAUAAAGACAAGAAUGGGAAAACCCAGGUCCAUGGUAACGGAUGCCCUCAUCUGGGGAAGAGAGGCACAUUUGAUUGUGCUUGCGCGUUAAGACUUUCCUAUAAAACUGUAGACUCGUAUAUUGGUAAACUACGGGCAAUCUUCCACGCUAUUGGGAGUGACGGGGAAUGGGAUAGACGCCUUGGCCUUAGAAACCCGGCUGCAGAUAAAUCUGUUAAGGACUAUCUCCGUUUAGUCACGGCUGAGCAGCUACAGGCAAGAGUAACGCCGAAACAAGCUUUCCCAUUUUUUGUGGACAAACUUGCUCAAUUAUCUGAUUACAUCGAUAGAAAUUUGCAGUCUCCCAAUAUCACUCCAACACAGCGUUUUAUUCUCGCGAGGGACCAGGCGUAUUUUAAGGCGGUAUGUUUUAGUGGUGAUAGGCCUGGAGAUAUUGGCCUGGUGAAGGUACCAGAAAUUUUGAGAUUCCCAAAUGAUGAUGGUUUCCUGUUUAACCACGAGUGGGGCAAAACCUUGAGGGACGGUGAUGAUAAUGUCUUUGGGAUCAAACGAAACCCACAAAGAUCUGUCCUGUUCAGGGAAUAG